CGAAAGGGGCUGCAGACCUGGACAGAUUAGGGUGUUACAGCGACGCUAUUCACUUGUUUAAAAACCUCAAAAUUUGCGACGAAAUCUGCUACGGACAAAUGUCUGUUGUAGAUCUGCGAUGACAUUUGCAACGCGCUUCUUUCUCCUAUGGCAGGGGGCCUGUUUUUCUGACGAAAUUACCAAGAUCUGAAAUUAGUUGUACCGGGUAUCUCGUUUGGUCGUGUGAUAUGGCAGAAGAUGGGAAGUUCCGAAUUGAGAAAUUCGACGGUACAGAUUUCAGUUGGUGGAAAAUGCAAAUUGAAGAUUUGCUGGUUCAGAAAGAUUUGGACGUGGUAUUGGGUGACAAGCCAGAAAAGAUGUCGGAUGCAGAUUGGGCAGGUUUGGAUCGGAAAGCAAUGUCCGUGAUCCGUCUCUCGUUGACCAAGAAUGUUGCGUUCAACAUUCUGAAGGAGAAGACAGCGAAGGGAAUUAUGGAAGCGCUGUCUAAUAUGUACGAGAAGCCAUCUGCAGCUAACAAAGUUUUUCUGAUUAGAGAGCUGGUGAAUACAAGGAUGAGAGAAGGCACUUCAGUUACCGAGCAUAUCAACAAGUUGAAUUCGAUCUUAGCCAGACUUGCGUCAGUGGGCAUUAAGUUCGAUGAUGAAGUUCAAGCUUUGCUACUGCUAUCGUCUUUGCCUGAUAGUUGGUCCGGAACGGUUACAGCGGUUACCGGUUCAGUGGGGCCUGAUGGAUUCACCUUUGAUCAGAUUCGAGAUCUCGUUCUUGGCGAGAAUGUCAGAAGAAAGAGUUCAGGGGAGUCAUCCGGUGAAUUACUUCAUGUUGGUAGAGGCAGAAGGAAUAGCAGAGGCUCUACGAGUGACGAGGAGGUCACUUUGACUUGCUGCGAGGAAAGCAAUGUGGAUUCCUGGGUCAUGGAUUCUGGUGCUUCAUUUCAUGCCACCCACAACGGUGAAGCAUUGCAGAAUCUGGUUGUUGGGGACUUUGGAAAGGUACGACUAGCGGACGACAGUGCUCUUGAGGUGACGGGCAUGGGUGACAUGGUGUUGAAGACCUCAGUCGGUCUUUGGACUUUGAAGGAUGUCAGAGUGGUUCCAGCUUUGAAGAAAAGUUUGAUUUCUGUCAGGCAGUUGGACGAACAGGGACAUGAGGUGAAGUUCAGAGAUGGGCAGUGGAAGGUCGUCAAGGGAAAUCUUGUCAUGGCCCGCGGUAGGAAGAGUGGUUCGUUGUAUAUGGUCGAGUUACCAUCUGAGGGAGUGACCGCCCCGGUUCAUAAGAGAAACAAAGUCUGGUUCACAGAGUCUCGUGGGCAGAAUAAGGUUGUCUAUGCAAGAAAGAAACCUAGAGCCACAGGUCAGACUCAGGAUGAACGAGCGUGGAAAGGUUCAAGGGGGCCAGUCAGAGGUAUUUGUGGCAGUGGGAGCUCAAGAGGCGCUUCAGCCAAGUUGCUUAGAAGACAGUGGGUCAGGAGAACCAGUGUUCCAGCUGUUAGAUCAUCUCCAGAAAAUUUCUUGCUGAGUAUGGAGAGUGUUUGUUCUCAGGAUGUUCCAGGAUCCGGCAGUGUGCAUCUGCAGUGGGAGCCGGUAGGGACCGAGGACGAGUCAGGGGUAGAUUUUGCCGUGACUGAUGUGUUGGAGCUUGGAAGAGCUUCAACGGGCCUUUCAGUUGUCUGAUGAUAGGGCCGCUGCAACAGGAGAGUUGAGGAAGAUUACUCGAUGUACAGGCGAUCGUGGCGGAUGGCAGUUGAUGAUUAUCAAGCCUCCAAGUGGGAGAAUGGGGCCGUGCCAUUUUCACAUUUUCUCACCACACAUUCUCGCAAUAUAUGUCAUAUUGUAUCCAUGAUAUAAAUGUAAUGGAGUGUGAAACACAUGACUAAGUGUAAUGGAGUAUGAAACAUAGAACUAAACAUAUCUUAUGUGUCUCUGUCCAAUAAAUAAAAGAAGAAACCAAAUCAUCUAGCCUACUGCCACUAUAUAAACAUCCACAAAUCCCAAGACAUCACCCCAAAUUCUGCAACUUUAGCGUGAGACAUUUUCACAAUUCAACCAUUACUAUUCUUUUCUGUGACAUCUCACUUGCUGCACAUUUGACCCACAUCUUCUAAAACACAAACAGAUCGUUAAACAUCAACACACCACCAUAAGACUAUAAACAAUUGUAAAUAUAUACUCUACACUUUUAAAACCUGUCAAGUACUCUUGGCAUAUAUUAAAUAAAGAAAUAAUAUCAAUAUUGAUAUACAUGCACUCAAAAAAUUAAUGUAUUGAUAUAAUUUAAGUAAGGAAUAACAUACAAUACUAACCAUGAGAAGAGACAAUGCACUAAUAUCUAGUAAAGAAUUGUAAAUUUUCUCAGUCAACUAUCCCAUAAUCAAAUCAAAUUGACUUAUAUCAGAGUGACAUGAAAUGCAUUACCUCAUAGCUUUUGUAUGUCACUCCCUUCAACCCUCAAACCCUUAUUCACUCAUUCAAAUAUAUUUUACUUUAGGACAUAUGUAUGCAAAAAAUAUGUAUAAAAGAAGGUUCAGGCGAAACCUCAUCUUUAAGUAAAAACUUGUAAGAAUUAAUGUUAUGACCUCAAAUCAUUAAAUUCAUAAUCAUAUUAAUUAUAUCUUUUUUAGUUGUUAUUCCAUAUUUUUGAAUUAGAUCAUAGUAAGAAAAAUAUAAAGAAAAAUAAUAAUAAAUGAAUCUUUAUAAAUUUCAUAUUGAUGUAAGACUUUAUUAGUUUAUCCCUCCGUCCCCCAGAGAUCUUCUCAAUAGCCCUUUUUCUCUGUCCACAAUAGAUCUUCUCAUUUCAUUUUUUAAUAAUUAAAAUACCAUAACUAUCCCCACUUACUUUAUUUAUUACACCUCACUUACCUCAUUUAAUACAAUCCACCCAUAUUUCAUUAAGGGUAUUAUGGUAAACUUUCACCUUUUUUCAACUCUCCUUAAAAACCACCAAAAGUCAAAAUGAGAACAUCUUAGGGGGACGGAGGGAGUAUAUUUCUUUCUGACUUUUCAUAGCAAAUACAAUUAUGUUUUAAACAAAGUACAUAUUAUUAGUAUCAUACAAAACCCUUAAACAAAAUAGUAUAAAAGUUGAAAUCUAACCUCAAUACAUUGAGUUUAGAAGCCCCGCAAGACAAAACAUAACCAAUAGAGCAACAAAAGAAGAUUCUAAUUGCUAGACCGAUCAAUGGGUGUAAUCGUAAUUAAAUGAAAAUCAAACUGGUUC